UAAAGACAACGCAGGUGGAUAGUGUUAGGAUAUGUACCGAUGACACCGUAGGUUAAUAGUGUAAGUGUAUGCACUGGUGACACCGUAGGUUAAUUAUUUUAAUGUAUGUACCGGUUAAUUGUGUUAUAGUAAUAAAAGUUUAAAAAAAUAUUCAUUGAAUGGUCUUUGUGCCAAGUGUCAUUCAUGUCAACUGGUGGAAGAUUGACACCCUGGACAGCGCAACUCAAUUCUCGACAAGUGACAACAUGAACCACAUUUGCCAUGCAACCAUCCACUAAGCAUUGUCGUUUAAACCUUCAGCAGCAGGUUACCAUGACAACAUCCACUUAUCAUUUCCGAAACUACAUCUAUUUGACGUAACCAUGGCAACAUUAACUACACUUUACCGUGAAAUCAUCCAUUCCACGUUACCAUGACAAGGUAAACCACACGUUACCAUGACAACAUCCACUAAACUUUACCAUGAAAUCAUCCACUCCAGGAUAUCUUGACAAUGUAUUAGCACCUUUAUACGAAAACAAUUACUGAACUUUCAUUUUCAAUAUUUAAUCUCUUCCCCCCCCCCCCCUGAUUUUGCUUGGUCUAGUUUAGUGUAAAAUUUACUGAACUUUCCUUUUCAAUAUUUAAUCUCCUCCCCCCCCCCCCUGAUUUUGCUUGGUCUAGUUUAGUGUAAAAUUUAGCCGUCAAGCAAAUAAUUCUUAGUAAGUGAACAUCAACAUGUAGAAUGACAAUCUAAAGCUACCUAUGCUGAAAUGGAGUCAGUUUUAAAAUUGUGACGCUUUAUAUUAAGUCCUUAGGCGUCAAAAAAAAAAAAGGUUUCAUACUAAAUAGGUCAGAUGUCAAAUAAAUAAAAUAAUUCUAAAUUGACUUGCAUGAUUUCAACACCCUAUUAAAUAUUAUCCUUUGAGAACGAUUCAUGAGAUUCUUUUCUUAAUGGAAAAAAAAUGUUUACGACUAACUGGAAUCUUUAACUGUUUUGACCAUGUUUGUAUCAAGUGCCUUGGUUGAAUGGAAUAUGUGUCAGUUUCCUUUCCGUGUCCUCUGAGGCACAACAUUCUACCUGGUUUAAAAAUACUUCUGCGUUGGACUUAUCAUGACUGGAGCGCGGUGCAAAACGUCAGUGUGCUAUAUCGACCGAAACCAAAAAAACAACACCGAGCGACAGGUCAAGGUAGAACGCAUUAAACUGUCUACGCAUAUACAAAAUACUGUUGUUUUUUCUUCAAAAGUGCACUACAUUAUAUAUAUAAUGACAAUAAUAUAUAUAUAUAUUACCUCACCAAAUCAAGCAGAUAGAUUUUUUAAAUUUUUUAAGACACGAAUUUUGCGAUACGUGAUAUAUUUAUAGGAGCCUUAGAAGAUUUGACUCUUUGUAUUUGUCUAUAUUAGUAGUUGUAACUUUCGAGGAUUGUACUUUUUCACUUGCUUUGCUGCCGGUUGAUACAGUUUUGAUUAUUGUAUAUUUGAAGUUGUGUUAUUAUGUACAUAUAAUUGUGUGUUCAAUUGAAUAUGGUUUAUAUCAGAAACUUCCGUACCCGUCAUUCUUUGUAUACUGGUUGUCAGUCUUUUGUGAAGUAUUGUUCAUGUAACGAGACAAAUUUUACAACCGGUUAAAUGUAUUUAACUUUUUAACGGUACUUACGAUUAUUUAAAAAAAAAAAAAUCUGCCUUAUCGAUGUUACCAUCACUGGUCAAAAUUCCGUCAACUCAUUUGUGCACGAAGCCAAGUUGCUAUAAAUUAGACUGAUUUAUUCAAUCGAUGCGACCAUUGUCCCACCGCACUACAUUUUUUUUUUUUUUUUUUUGUAAUCAAUCCUUUUAUUCAAUUUUGAUCCUUUCAAACCACUACAUUUUUUUUUUUUUUUUUUGUAAUCAAUGCUUGUAAUCAAUAUUGAUCCUUUCAAACCCUCUAUCGCUGACGUAAAAGUCGCUUCUAUUAUUAUAUAUUCGACCUACUUGUACAGAUAUUCAGGGGUCUUAAUAUCAUAUAUUAGACUUCUUGUACAGAUAUUCAGGGGUCUUAAUAUCAUAUAUUAGACCUACUUUUUACUGAUGUGUUAGACGUUACAUCAACUAUUAGACCAGCUUUCAUUGAAGUUAGAGUAGCUACUUCAUACAUUUGCACCAGCCAGCUAUUGAUGCAAAACGUGUCGCUAUGACAUAAAUAAAUAUUAGACCUGCCUACCAUUGUUGACAUGGGGGUUAGCUUUCUCAUAUAUAAGACCCUCUCUCAUGAAACGAAUGCAGCAAUAAGACAUCUUAAAUCAGACAUUGCUGAUAGGAUGUUGUUGCUCAAAUGAGUGUAAAUGUAUAACAUAAAAGAAAACCCUUAUUGCUUUAACGAUGUUAGUUAUAUCGCAAGGAAUUAGACCUACUAUUACUGAAUUCUAAGUCGGUCAAAAUAUGUAAGCAUCGAAACUGGUACCAUAGGUCGUUUUAUAAACUUCAUUUGGUUGGUCGUUUUAUUAAAAAAAUAUUUUUUCCUUUGUAAGAAAGUGUUGAGAAUCACUCCAUCAACUCUCGGCUAAAUCUUUGUGAUAGCAACUAAAGUAAUAACAAGAUUUUGAGACACAGUCCAUUUUAGCUGGCCAUUUCUAGGAAUGAGUGGUGUAUUCGCGUAAGUGUUGACAACCACUCCGUAUUCGCGGAAUCGAUCCCGUUCUAGCAAUACGAUGCGUCAGCUCAUACAGGAUAUAAAUGCACUGGUGCAGUGCUUCUCAAAUUACAGGUGUGCAUCCCAUCAGACGUGUGCCACGGUAUGUGGUUUGACAAAAAGAUGUAGGAGGAGGGUGUGAAGUGGGUGGUCAAUCUGAGGCGGCACUUUAUUUCUUUAUGUGAUGGGGCGUCAUUUUCGGUCCAUUGCAGAGAUAUUUGUUUUUUUCGUUUUUUUUUUUUUGAAACAGGUCCUUAAUAUGUGUCAUCAUAAAAAUAACUAAAAGAAAAUAUAGGACGGACACACGACUGGACAACUUGAGUUUUCGUCGUAGAAAGACACUGUCCUAGGUAUUUCUUACUUGUGUUUUGCUUACGUACGGGCCUUUAUUAAAACAGUUGAUGUUCGAGACAGCAGUGAGGGAUAUCAUCAUCAACUGUUGUGCUCGCAAUGAAGAAUAUGCGAGCUCUGAUUCUGCUUGGCAUCUAUGUUUGCCUACAAUCUGCUUACGGUAAGUUAACAAGCAAUAUCUUUCAAUAAGGAAAUAAUUUUAAAAAAAACAGGGAUUUAAUGGUAAGAGAUGUCAAAGAUGUCUUUUAGAAUUUGACGAUUAGAAGCACAUGAUAAGCUUUUUGAAUUCGAUAAUGAGCACAUGAUAAGCUAUUUGAAUUAGAUGAUAAGGAGCAUAUAAUAAGAUGUUUGAAUUCAAUGAUAAGUAACACACAAUAAGCUUUUUGAAAUCGAUGAUAAGGAGAACAUGAUACGCUCUUUGAAAUUGAUGAUAAGUCUCGCAUGUGAAUCCAUCGAUUUUCAAAAAUAAAAUGAGAAUUCCGUUUAAAGGCAGAUAGGUAUAAUUUGACGCUGUUGCAUUGGGCUGUGUUGAUAAGAAUCAAAUGACCAGUUGUAUGAAGUAGAUGAUGAGUAUCAUAAGAUAGAUCACUGGAGGUGGAGAAGGUUAUACAUUUUAAUGUGGUAAAUGGAAACUUGUAAUGCGUCGUAGGCAGGCAUCUUGUAUAUAAAAAAAAAAUUGCUAUCAAAGCUAGAUAACACGAUUAGCCAAUAGAUAAUAGUGAAAAAAGAGGAUAUAUGGGACUGAACUAGAUGAAUUGUUAAGGUCGAAUUUAUUUACAAACCUGUACUGUCUGGUCUGUGUGUACUAGGAGAAAAAACAACAACUGAUUUUGAUUUUUUAAAAAAAAUAUUUUGCGUCUCAAAGUUAAUUCACAGUGUCAGCAUCCUAGUUUAUUGAUUAAGGGUAAAAUAAAAUAUUUCGUUCUUGUUAUUUUAUACAUGCUAAAAAAAAUAUAUAUCUAGUUGGGAAGAUUUAACAAGCACACACGGAAGCAAUAACCGAAGCUACGUCGCGCGCAGCUACAGUCGUUUUUUAAGGGUAAAUUUUUACCCACCUCAGAUCAGUGUUAGGGGCUGUUGCCGACAGGGUUGAGCAGUGGCGUCAUCUAGAUGGGUGCCAACCGCUACAGUCCGGAUUGUCAGUUACACAAUAGCGCCGUAUUCAUGGAUACAAAUUAUUUUUGUUUCAUUAUCACUUUAAAAUAUAUUUAUUAGUAUACUUUUUUAAAGCGUCGUGAUGGGUUAGGGGAGGGGGGGGGGUGUGGGAUGGGUUUUCGAGGAACCUGCUAAACUGUGAUACAGUUUACUCCCUUUGAAAUUUCAUCAACUUUUAUUAUCACUUUAAAAUAUAUUUAUUAGUAUACUUUUUUAAAGCGUCGUGAUGGGUUAGGGGAGGGGGGGGGGGUGUGGGAUGGGUUUUCGAGGAACCUGCUAAACUGUGAUACAGAUUACUCCCUUUGAAAUUUCAUCAACUUUUAUGCCGACGCUAGGUAUUGAGAUGGGUUAUGUCUAAGAUCCUAAUGAAUGUCUGACAUCUCGAGAGCAUCUUGGCAUUAAGUGGGGCCCUUGCAUAACAUGACGUUCAAAUUAACAUCUUUAAAAACACCGCCAUUAGAUUUAGAGCGUGAUAAGAAGUUUACUAGCUUGCUUGCAAAAUCGUUAUCGAAUUAACCCCCGAUUACUUACCUACAUCAAUGUACUUCAUUCUUGUCCCCCUUUAGAUGCUCAAAUUACCUCCCUCUAGCAGAUAAACGCUUUUGAGAGCCAGUCUGAACAAAUCGGUAAUAAACACGUAAUUUACGAAGCUUUUGUGAGUUUUUAAAUUUUGUUUUUAAAAUUUCUAUUUCAAGAUUACGGUAUAUGCCAGAUUUAUUCCAAAUGAUGUCAUUUACUCAAAAAUUUUGGUACAAAAAAUAGAUGUUUUUUACAUUCUUAUCCAGGUGACACGGGCAGUGAUUGUGUUCAGGAGACUGAGGAAGGACGACCGCAGAGUUUCCAGUUCUCCAAUAACAUUGGUCAACAUUGGGGAAACUAUCAGUGGACGGUCACCAUUAAAUUUGCUCGAGUCGUGGUGGCCAAGUAUGAAGAAGCCAACAAAACAAUGGGUAAAGCUAUAAUCAGCACAACGCUCAACUCUAACAAAUCAAUAAGUAAUGAUACAAUCAGACUAAAAUACAAUCUAAAAAAACAGAAGGUAAUUAAUUAUCUAGCCUACCUGAUACUUAAUCGAACAAAACAAUAGGUAAAGGUUUAAUCAAUAUAAUACUAAACCUAACGAAACAAUUUUUUUUUUUUAAAAUAAGGUUAAACCUAAAAAAAAAUGAACAUACAAAACAAGGAACGUGUCUCGGAAGGAAGCCUUCGUCAGCGAAAAAACAACAGAAAAAAGAAGAAUAUUUAAAACUAUUUAAAAAAGCACUUAGCUGAGGAGUAGUAAUCUAGAGAGCAUUCUAUCUAUCUAUCUAUAUAUGUGUGUCUAUCUGUCUGUUUUUUCUGUCUGUGUACAUGUCUAUUUGUCUAUCCAUAUAUCUAACUAAUCUAUCCAUAUAUCUAACUAUCUUUCUAUAUAUGUAUUAUUCAAUCUUUCUAUCUACCUAUCUAUCUAUCUAACUAUCUAUUUAUAUGCACACAUAUUUCACGUAAUACGCAAGUUAUGUGCCCGAAUGGAUUCAAAUGAAAAUAACAAUUUAGAUUACUAUGUAAUAAAAUUAUGUUAUAAUAUUAUGUUAGAAAAUUAUGUUAUAAUAUUACGUUAGAAAAUUACGUUCUAAUAUUAUGUUAUAAAAUUUUCUUAUAAUAAUAUGUUAUACAAAAAAUGUAUGUUGCAACAUUUUGUUGUAAAAGAAGCGUUGACAUUUUAAAGAAAAAAAAUAAAUAUAAAAAAAGGUCAAACAUAUGCAUUAAUGCCACGAAAUUUUCCUAAUCUGAAUGUAGGGGUUUGUAGGUCAUAAAAUGAGACAUGUAGGGGUUUGUAGGUCAUAAAAUGAGACUGAUUUAUAUAGGCCCCAUCCCCCCCACCCCCUUCCCAUUGUUAAUUAAUUUAAAUUUACAAACACAGUUGCCUUACCCGGAUUUUUCGCCACAACUCAACAAAGGACUCCCGUGCCAGGCUGGCAAGCGCAGGAUAUGUACCUGUACGUUGCCGCGGUCAACAGGAGCAUGACCUCCGUCCAGUGCGCGGAUUUGGACGACAACUACGCGCUGAGGGAGGUGUACGGAUUCUGCAACCUCACCAUCUUCGGUAAAGAUGUUCAGCCGGUUUUUAUUCAAUGAGGGUUUUCAUUCAAGGCGAUUUAAUCGAUAAUAUCACAAAUCACAUCUAAUGUUGUUUAACAAAUUAUUGAUUCAAGUUUUCACAUGGGGCUUUUUUUUUGCACACCCACUUUUUGCUAGAGAUUAAUGUUCAUUUUAGCAUAUAUAAAUAUUUAAAUCUUUAAUUGAUAUUAAACGUUUUUUGAAUUUUGGUUUUAUAAGUUUUGAAUAUUUUAUUUGGAAAAAAAAAUAAAAUUAAACAUUCCUAUUUAAUUAAAGUGAGUCAGAAAUUAUGACUUUCAAAGAUAUGUGUGUUCAAACAUAAAGACGAAAUCACACACGUUUAUACAGACUCCCAAGCAGAGCCCACAACACACAGAGACUCCCACAGAUAAUCCCACACACUGACAUCUCUGGGCACUCCCACACUGAUUGCAACACAAACUCCCAUCUUCCGAAAACACUAAAUACCAAACUCUCAAUCCUCAACAACAAAACUCGAAUUUAAUCCCACACAGUGCCCAUAUAACACUUAAUCCCACACAGUGCCCAUAACACACUUAAUUCUACACAGUGCCCAUAACACACUCAAUCCCACACAUCGCCCAUAACACACUCAAUCCCACACAGUGCCCAUAGCACACUAAAUCCCACAUAGCACCCAUAACACACUUAAUCCUACACAGUAUCCAUAACACACUAAAUCCCACACAGCGCCCAUAACACACUUAAUCACACACAGCGUCCAUAACACAGUAAAUCCCACACAGUGCCCAUAACACACUAAGCCCCACACAGUGCCCACAACACACUAAGCCCCACACAGUGCCCAUAACACACUAAGCCCCACACAGUGCCUAUAACACACUAAGCCCCACACAGUGCCCAAUCCAAGACACGCCAACUCGCCGAGGUUCCCAGGAGAAAUCUCCCUAAACUUACUCCCCAAAACGUACCCCAUACUCGGGAUCCACUCCUCCGCCCCCCCCCCGGCCUUAUAAGCAGGUUCCGAAAACAGAGACCUCCAACACAAACUGUCACACAUACAACAAAAAAAGAAAAGAGAAAACACACAAAUAUUUUUUUUACAAAUAUUAAUACCAUUUGGCUAGUGUACAUCAAUGUUCCCUAUAAGGUUUGUUGGUUCUUGCGCAAAAUCAUGCCGUUGUGUGCAAAGUUUUACAGUAUGAUUUUUUUGUGUGCAAAAUUUACAGCCCACAAACACACACUUGCAUGGAAAUUUGUUGCGCGGGACUCAAAACUGCUGCGCGGCGUCUGUGAGACAGCUGCGCGGCCGCGAAGCUUAAAGGGAACAUUGCUGUACAUAAUAUAGCCACGUUAUGAUGUUAAAAAUAUGUUCCUGUUUCUUCACUUUUAUAUAUACAUAUAAAAAUACAUUGUUUGCAGUCAGACCCAAAACGCCUGAUUGUGAGCCACCUGUUUUGGACAAAGAUGGACGUUUUAUGAGAAUUCAAUGUCAUACAUAUGUGUUUCCACGGGGCGUCUGCAGCUUUGCGUAUGAUGUAUGUAUUCUUUUCGUUAAUGACACAAGCUAAACUAAAUUUCGGAAUACAAUUUAUUUUACUUUUUCUAAAGUAGGUCACUUACCAAAAAAAAACGAAACGUUUGUUAUUUUGUGGGAACAAAAAUGUAUUACGCUUUUCAAAAUAACAAAUACUUGUGGUACAGAAGGAAAAAAAAACAACACUUUAAAACAUAUGUCAGUUGUGUUUUUUUUUUUAAUUGCCCUUAAUCGAUAGACACACUUCAGCCAGUUCGUUGAUAAAUUUUCAUGGAUAUUUAUUAUUUCCCCUAGGUGGGGGUAAAGGCAGGGUUCUGACCUUGUUAAUGGCAGGGGUCAUCUUCCUCCACCCCCCACCCCCCCACUCAACCCUCCGAGAGAAACAUAAAAGCAAUACGGAAACUGAUCGUCAAAAAAGUCAACAUAAAUUCGUGAUUGAUGAUUUUUUGCUUUUUUUCAUCAUGACAGAAACCUGAGCCCAGGCCCUUGGAGGGUUACAAGGUCAUGUACGACCACGAAUACUUGUACGAAGAUGAUAUGUACAGAACCACGUGCACUCUAAUGGUGCCUAUAAGGGACAUCCAGUGGAACAAAAACGCGACAGUUGUGGUGAGUGCCGCACCUAACAUCACCAAUUACCAAAACUACACUGUCAGCAGCAAGGUGACUGCUUCUUUGUGGAUAGGUGAGCGCACUUUGGUGAAGUAUUUAAUGUGGGACUUUGUCUUGGAUUUAAUGUUGGAUUUUGUCUUGUAUUUAAUGUUGGACUUUGUCUUGCAUUUAAUGUUGGACUUUGUCUUGUAUUUAAUGUUGGACUUUGUCUUGUAUUUAAUGUGGGACUUUGUCUUGUAUUUAAUGUUGGACUUUGUCUUGUAUUUAAUGUUGGACUUUGUCUUGCAUUUAAUGUUGGACUUUGUCUUGUAUUUAAUGUUGGACUUUGUCUUGUAUUUAAUGUGGGACUUUGUCUUGUAUUUAAUGUUGGACUUUGUCUUGCGUUUAAUGAGGGACUUUGUCUUGUAUUUAAUGUGGGACUUUGUCUUGUAUUUAAUGUUGGACUUUGUCUUGUGUUUAAUGUGGGACUUUGUCUUGUAUUUAAUGUUGGACUUUGUCUUGUAUUUAAUGUUCGACUUUGUCUUGUAUUUAAUGUGGGACUUUGUCUUGUAUUUAAUGUUGGACUUUGUCUUGUGUUUAAUGUGGGACUUUGUCUUGUGUUUAAUGUUGGACUUUGUCUUGUAUUUAAUGUUGGACUUUGUCUUGUAUUUAAUGUUGGACUUUGUCUUGUGUUUAAUGUUGGACUUUGUCUUGUGUUUAAUGUGGGACUUUGUCUUGCAUUUAAUGUUGGACUUUGUCUUGCAUUUAAUUUUUGUCUUUGUCUUGUAUUUAAUGUGGGACUUUGUCUUGCAUUUAAUGUUGGACUUUGUCUUGCAUUUAAUGUUGGACUUUGUCUUGCAUUUAAUGUUGGACUUUGUCUUGCAUUUAAUGUUGGACUUUGUCUUGCAUUUAAUAUUGGACUUUGUCUUGCAUUUAAUAUUGGACUUUGUCUUGCAUUUAAUGUUGGACUUUGUCUUGUAUUUAAUGUUGGACUUUGUCUUGUAUUUAAUGUUGGACUUUGUCUUGUAUUUAAUGUUGGACUUUGUCUUGUAUUUAAUGUUGGACUUUGUCUUGUAUUUAAUAUUUAAUGUUGGACUUUGUCUUGUAUUUAAUGUUGGACUUUGUCUUGUAUUUAAUGUUGGACUUUGUCUUGUAUUUAAUGUUGGACUUUGUCUUGUAUUUAAUGUUGGACUUUGUCUUGUAUUUAAUAUUGGACUUUGUCUUGUAUUUAAUAUUGGACUUUGUCUUGUAUUUAAUAUUGGACUUUGUCUUGUAUUUAAUGUUGGACUUUGUCUUGUAUUUAAUAUUGGACUUUGUCUUGUAUUUAAUGUUGUACUUCAUCUUGCAUUUUAUAUAUUACCUACUCGAUAAAUUAGCGAGUCAGCCAUACAGUGGUUAAAACAGUCAUGGAAGAUAAUUAUUAAACUUUAUUACAAUACUAAUUUUUAAAGACAUUUCUCUAACUCUGAACCAAAUGUAAUUUAAUUUAUUUAUUAUUUUAAAAUGUUUGUACUUUAAUGUGUUUUGUACUUUAAUAUGUUUGACAUUUAAAAAAAAAUACUUUUCAGUCAGACCCACAACUCCUUUCUGCGAGGUGACCCCUUUCAACAUAGAUGGACGCUUUUUUGAAGUAUCAUGCCAUACAUAUGUGUUUCCGAGUGGAACUUGCACAUUUGUAUAUGAUGUAUGUAUUGUAGCGAAGUGAUAAGACAUAAGAAACUGAAUUUCUACAUUGUGGGGCUAAUGAUGGGUGCCACUAGAAGCCAUUACGUUUUGUAUGGUUCAAUGUCAACUUUGUAAAGGGGAUCACUUAUGGCACUAGAAGCCAUUAAGGUUUGUAUGAUUCAAUGUAAACUUUGUAAAGGGGGUCACUUAUGGCACUAGAAGCCAUUAAGGUUUGUAUGAUUCAAUGUAAACUUUGUAAAAGGGGUCAUUUAUGGCACUAGAAGCCAUUAAGGUUUGUAUGAUUCAAUGUAAACUUUGUAAAGGGGGUCACUUAUGGCACUAGAAGCCAUUAAGGUUUGUAUGAUUCAAUGUAAACUUUUUAAAAGGGGUCACUUAUGGCACUAGAAGCCAUUAAGGUUUGUAUGAUUCAAUGUAAACUUUGUAAAGGGGGUCACUUAUAGCACUAGAAGCCAUUACGAUUUACAUGAUUAAAUGUAAACCCUAUAAAGUGAGUUAAUUUUACCACUAGAAGCCAUCACAGUUAUAUAAUUCAAUGUCACUUCGUAAAGUGGGUCGCGCACAAGAGAAAUGCCCUUAAAGGAAAAAAAAGAUAUAACAAAAUACCUCUUGAAAUAUGAUAUGCUUCUGUCCAUUAAAGCAGUUUCAAUGUUUGACUAAGUGGAUGACUAUUAAAAUGUGUUAAAAUAAAAAAAUAAUUAUAAUAUAUUAUGUGUAUAUAUUAAUAAGAAUGCAAAACAUCGAAACACUUACCCAUGAACGUAAGGUUACAAAAAAAAAAAGAAAUUAAAAGAUUGCCAAUGUUUGAUACUUAUCUAUAAUUUCAAAUAAAUAUUAUAAUUUUUACACAAGGAAGGCAAUUACGUGAUCUAAUCCUAUAUUUAGAAUCGAAUGCCGUAAACACUAUUUUGCUUAAGUAUUCGAAAUAUCAAAUGUAUUGACGGUAGCGUUAUGUCAUUGGUCCUUCAACUUCCACUAAUUUUGAUUGUUGCAUAGAAACCGAACCAUCAGUAUCCUUCAAUGUUAAACCAGUGAUACGUGCGUUUUGAUUUUUAUAUAUUUUUUUGCUUUUUUUAUUGUUACUUUUUCCUUGGGUUUUGGUCAUAUACAUUUGUUUGUUGUUCUUGUUGUUUUGUUUUAAUUUUUUUAAGGGUUGGAGUGUUAUAGCCUAUAAAGUUCCGAGAAAUGCACAAAGGAAAAAAUUGAAUCUGAUUGUCAUACAAUUCCAAAAAUUCUAACAUAUCAACAUUAAAGGAAUUUUACUUAAGGUUUUGUGUAAACCCACAGCAGAGAACGCAGCGUGUCCCGUUCGAGGGCUAUCAGGUCAAGUACGACCACAGAUACUCGUACGCCACUAAUCUGUACGAAACCACGUGCUCCCUGAUAGUGCCUGUUCCGAAGACACCGCUGCCGAACACAAACUUGACGUUUGAAGUGAGUGUCGCACCUAACGUAACGGAUUACAGAAGUUACACGGCCAGCAGUAACUGGAAUAUUCCCUUAUGGUCAGGUGAGUGCACAUGGUCUUGAAAUACAGUGUGUGUUGUGAACGUGGUCCAUUUGAAACUUUGCCUAAAAACGAACAAACAAACAAACAGAAAAAAAGACAAAAAAAGGGUUGUGUUUAAGGGAUACUAUUACAAAAGUGUUCAUUUUUCAUCUGCAUCGCUAAUAAUUGUUCUUAAUUCAGUAAAAAAAUCCUAGAAAUUUGCUUUCUUGGUUACGAAAAAUAUGUUAAGGUGAAAUGCUGAGGGCGGGAAAAUGAGAUCAGUGCUGAUGGCAAGAGAAUGAUCGUUUGUAGAAGUAAUGAUGAGAGUGGGAAUAUGAUCUUCACAGAAGCAGUGCUGAUGGCAAGAGAACGAUCGUUUGUAAGAAGUAAUGAUGAGAGUGGGAAUAUGAUCAUCACAGAAGCAGUGCUGAUGGCAAGAGAACGAUCGUUUGUAAGAAGUAGUGAUGAGAGUGGGAAUAUGAUCAUCACAGAAGCAGUGCUGAUGGCAAGAGAACGAUCGUUUGUAAGAAGUAGUGAUGAGAGUGGGAAUAUGAUCAUCACAGAAGCAGUGCUGAUGGCAAGAGAACGAUCGUUUGUAAGAAGUAGUGAUGAGAGUGGGAAUAUGAUCAAUGGCAAGAGAACGAUCGUUUGUAAGAAGUAGUGAUGAGAGUGGGAAUAUGAUCAUCACAGAAGCAGUGCUGAUGGCAAGAGAACGAUCGUUUGUAAGAAGUAGUGAUGAGAGUGGGAAUAUGAUCAUCACAGAAGCAGUGCUAAUGGCAAGAGAACGAUCGUUUGUAAGAAGUAGUGAUGAGAGUGGGAAUAUGAUCAUCACAGAAGCAGUGCUAAUGGCAAGAGAACGAUCGUUUGUAAGAAGUAGUGAUGAGAGUGGGAAUAUGAUCAUCACAGAAGCAGUGCUAAUGGCAAGAGAACGAUCGUUUGUAAGAAGUAGUGAUGAGAGUGGGAAUAUGAUCAUCACAGAAGCAGUGCUGAUGGCAAGAGAACGAUCGUUUGUAAGAAGUAGUGAUGAGAGUGGGAAUAUGAUCAUCACAGAAGCAGUGCUGAUGGCAAGAGAACGAUUAUUUUUUAAGGAGCGGUGCUGCAUGCGGGAAAAUAAUCACUGUAGGAGCAGUGCUGAGAGCGGUAAUCAUUAAAAGAGCAGUACUGAAUGUGAGUGCAUGAUGGACCAGUUUUUAUCAACGUCCCAGGAUGUUAUGUAAUUAAUAUUUAUUUUUAAAAGGUUUAAACCCUGGAUCGUGCCCACACUUUACUUGUGUUUUCCGAAGAGUGGGGUGGGGUGGGGAUGUUAAUGCCAUAAUAUUAACCCACACUCCCAAAUAAAAGAAAAAGUUAAUACAUUAGGCGACUGUAUCAUAUUUCGACUAUUCCAGGCGCACCUGUGUUCACCUCCUUCACCGCCAACAAGAGGACGGGCACCGUUCACUACAACGAAGGGGACAACAUCAAAAUCCUCUGCACGGCCAUCGCGACACCGACGCCGAGGAUGAGCCUGCUAGACGCCAAGGGCGUCACCUUGUACGUCAGCGACGUGCCCGGCGCCCUGGACUACACCAUCUACAACAUAACCUGCGGACGGUCGGAGGCGUACACCUGUGUGGCGGAGAGUUUGUUGAGCAGUUCGGAUCAAAUCAAAUCUGUGGGGAGCUGUAAGUCCAUAUAUAAAAUAAAAAAACUUUGAUUCGGGAAGAAAUGUAUCAUUCUGAUCCUCGGGAUGUUACCAUAUCAAUCUUUAAAACAACCCAAAACGUCCUUUAAAGAAAUUGAAAAGCAAUUUUUAAAAAGUUUUUGUUAAAAUAAAAGAAUUAAUUUCUUUACCUCUUAUUUUUUUUUCAAAAAAAGCUUUGGGGCUUGUGGUUUGAAUAUUAAAUAGUGCAUAGACUGUAACUUUUAUGGUUUACGGUAAAACUUAUUAAAACGAACUCCAUGGACACUUAGGCUUUAUUUUUUUUAAAAAAAAAGCAGCAUUCAUGAAUAAAUGUUAAACAUAUCCUAAGAGCAAGAUGUAACCAUACCUACGCCAUUGACCAAAAAAAAACACACAAAAAAAAAACACGAAAACAAUAGAGUUUAGAGGGUUUAUCAGACUGCAUUACUUGUAUUGUCGCUAUUUAUAGGCAAGUUUUGUCGUAAAACAAUUCCUCUAACAAUGUGAGUCAGUGUCAAUAUGUAGCAAAAUCAAUGUGUUUGUAAAAUCGUUCGUAAUAUAAAGUUUCAAACAAGUGCACAUGUAAGUUAAGACCCCGCCACGCUUACGUACAUGAACAUAAAAGUAGCAAACAGCUGUUGAGACAUCGCCCAAACGAAAUACUCCUAUGUUCAAUUAAUAUAUAUUCACCAUUAAAUAAAAGCGCUAUUGACUUUAAGCUGUCUACAAUCAAUUUCAGACCUAUAAUUUUAUCCAGUUAGUUAUAUCCAGUGUUUUCUUUAUAUCCACAGGUCCUUCCAGUUCAGGCAGCAGUAGCAGCAGUAACGUUCCGGUGUUAGAAAUUUCUAUUUCUGUCAUCGGAGCAUGUGUCGCACUUGUCGCCAUAAUUAUAGCUGUACGAACCUGCAAACGACGGAUGUCAAACAGCAGUGGGCCACCACUACGCCUCACCACCGCAGAGAGACGCAACGGGUACUCUCAGAUGACAAAUGAAGCGCACACUUCACCGGGACUCCAUCAGCCAAUCACAAGGGCUGGCAACAUUCCAAGCCGUCCUCAACAAGGCAACAGGGGAGCACUGUUUAUAAUCCUUGCCGCCUCAUCACGCACUCCUGGAACGGGCUUCGAGUAUAACAGGUCAACCACGAUAAACGGCCAAGAGCCUUGGUCGCGCGUGCACAACACGGCAGCGUCCCCUCCCCCUUACGACCUACCAUCCAACCCACCCCCUGAAUACAUGGAGAUCCGGACCCAGCGAGCCAACCCGUCACUGUACGAUGACCGACCCCCGGAAUACACCUUUGCGGGUUCCAUGGAUGCAUAACUUUAUUUAGUUGUGACACUGUUGUACCCGUACACGAACCUAAUGGACUCACAUCCAACGAACCUUGUCAUUUCUCUUAAAUGUUAUGAUUUUUUUUUCCCGAUCACCAUAUCCUAAUUUAACCUUCCUUUGGUGUCUAUAUCUAUUGCUACACUCCUCAGGGCUUGUGUCACUAAUAGUCGUUCUGACUUUUAACUACAAACUUUUGCGUCGUAAUAUAGGACACAAUGACAUCCUUCAGUGCCUUACCGAUUGGAGGGCCACCAUUUUACCAUGUGAAAAACCACACGAAGCAUUUUAAAGAUUUUUUUGAAAGGAUUAUUUUUUUAUCCGAUAAAGGAAAUACGUUUCCUCUCGUUUGUUUGUUUUCAUAGAGAGAGCAUAUUAUUUAGGAAACAUUUAAUAUAAACAUUUCGAUUGUUGAUCUUAUAUUUAUUGUAAAACAAAUGUAUAUUUAACCUUUUUAUUGUAAUACAAAUUAUAUAUUAGUUGACCUAUUUAUUGUAAUGCAAAUAUAUAAUUAAUAUAUUUAUUAUAAUACAUAUAUAUAUAUAUAGUUGGCCUAUUGAUUGUACAAUUUAUCCUACACACGUGAUUCUCCAC